AUGGAGCUGAUGGGGAACAUCUCGCAGCCUGUGUAUGGCCCCGGCCCCGAGGCGCCGGGGAGCAGCACCCCUGGCCUGGUGGGGAUGGUCCAUGGAUUCCUGCGGAUGGUGCAGCCCAACGCCCUGCCCAUAGAACUCAUCACAGGUUUUGGGCAGUCAGAGCGUGAGGAGGUGUCCACCGGGGAGGAAGUUGCGGAGCUGUUGCUGUACGAGCUGGGUUUCCUGGUCUGCACAGCCAUCGGGCUGCUCUUCAUCCUCCUCGUGCCGCUGGUGGGAUGCUGCUUCUGCUGCUGCCGCUGCUGCGGGAACUGCGGGGGCCGCAUGUACCAGAAGCAGGGCCGGCGGGCGGGCUGCCGGCGCAGGGCGCUCUGGGCCUCGGUCCUGCUGGUCUCCGCUCUCCUCCUGGCUGGUGAUGUUUGCGCCUUCAUCAGCAACACUCGCUUCUCCCAGGCUGUGUGCGGUACCUUCCCCAACGUCAACACCACCCUCAACAAUGUCCGCAUUUAUGUGGCCUCCAUCCCCCAGCAAAUCAAUUAUAUCAUCGACAGCAGCAAUGUGCCGCUGAGCCAUGCCAACCACAGCCUCCAGGACAUUGGGCUCAACCUGGGUGGCACGAUCAUGUCAAGUAUCAGGAGUGGCACAGAUGGGGCUCUGGGAUCCCUCCAGUGCCUCUUGCAAGAGAUGAAGACACUGUGGGCUGCCUUCAGCAGCAUUGCCAGCACCCGCUCGCACCUCGAGGCUCUGCAGAGCAACUACAGUGAGCGGCUGGCCAUCCUGCGGGAUGGGCUCAACCAGACCCUGCAGCGCUGCGGCCAGCCCUGCAGCAGCGUGUCCCUGCACGGCCUGGCCUUCAGCGCCAACUUCAGCACAAUCCCCAGUGUGGAGCAGCAGCUGGAGGCACUGCGUGAUGUGUCUGACUCGGACAUAGCACUUGAUUUGGAGAGGGUUAAUGACACACUGAACACGAUCACUGACAAGGUGCAAGAGGGGUCCCAGGAUGUGGUGACAAAGACCCAGGAGGAGCUGGGCCUCAUCAGGCAGGAGAUCAGGAGCUUGAAGGAGCAGUUGCAGGACCAGUUGCCACUCGGGGAUGUGGAGGAGAAUGUUGGGGCCUUCGUGGGCAACGCCACAUCAAUGCUGAACGAGUACCAGGAACCGACCAUUGCCUUGGAUGGGCUCAGGUGGAGCGUGUGUGUCCUCCUGUGCUGCAUGGUGCUGCUGGUGGUUCUCUGCAACGUCGUUGGCCUGGUGCUGGGGCCCCUGGGGCUGAAGGAGAACGUGCUGCCCACCCAGCGCAGCAGCCUCUCCAAUGCUGGCGGGAACUUCUUCAUGGCAGGGGUUGGCUUCAGCUUCAUCUUCUCCUGGGUGCUGAUGCUGCUGGUGGUGAUCACCUUCGUGCUGGGGGGGAACACCUACAUGCUUGUCUGUGAGUCCUGGCACAGCCAGCAGCUCUUCCAGAUUCUGGACACCCCUGGCCUGAUCCCUGGCUUCAACCUGUCAGAGCUGCUGGGCCAGCAGGAUGGCACAACAAACUUCUCAGAGAUCUAUAGGCAAUGCCAGCAAGAUGCUGCCCUGUGGCAAAUGCUGCACUUGGACCAGAGAGUGUCCUUGGAUGAGCUCUCGAAUAUCAGCCAGUACACAGGAGAGAUCUCCACAGCCUUCGAGAAGAUGAACAUCACCCUGGACCCCAUCUCCCUGCUCAGCCAGAGCCAGAGAGACUCGCUGACAAACGCCAGCCGGGCCGGGCAGCCCCCUAACUUCACCCUCACCCUGGAGCAGCUGGAUCAGAGCGUGACGCAGGGAAGCCUCUUGGAUCUGGCUGCAGAGCUGGAGCAGCUGGGAGACACAGAGGGCUUGGAUGUGAAAGAGGACCUGAAGGCUGAUGCCCUCGAGUUGAGGGAGCUGGAUAAGGAGAUGCAGAUGAGCUUCUCUGGGGAGCUGCAAAGCCUGAAGGAGAACAUCCACUUGGUGCAGAGCAGGGCUUCCGAGCUCAAGGCACAGACAAACACUGCGCUGAAUGAAGCCAGCAAAGCCCAGGAGUUCCUGGAAAGGGAGACCAUGAACAUCAUUAAGAACGAGACGUGGGCCUUCCUGGAGGAGCUGUUGGACUUCUUUGAGACCUACAUCUCCUGGGCCAAGAGCAGGCUGAAAGAAGAUGUGGCACGUUGCAAGACCAUAGCUCAGACCCUGGAUAACAUGGAGGCCAUCACCUGCGACUACAUCCUGGACUCUCUGAAUGCCUUCUGGUUCAGCCUGGGCUGGUGCACCUUCUUCCUUCUGCCCAGCAUCAUCCUGGCCGUCAGACUUGCCAAGUUUUACCGCCGCAUGAGCAUCGCCGAUGUCUACAGGUGAGGAGUCGCCCACCUGCUGUGACCACACUGGGCCUGGGGUUCCCCCUGCACAGUGCAAACCGCCCCUUGGUGUGCCUCAUGGCAGCCUGUGCGGCUGGUCCUAAAGUAACACAGGCUGGGGACAAGCGGCUUGGGACCUUCAGCCUCUGAGGACGGAGAUGUUUUGGAGAAGAGCCUGGCUCU